AUGAGUGACUCAAAUACCGCAAUUAAGAGAAAUUUGGACGAGGAAGCAUGUCUAGAGACUGACAGCAAAAGACCAAAGAACGAUGAGGUGGCAAUUAUCGAGGAUGAUGGAAUUCAUGAGGAAGAUGUUGGAAUAACGCAUUUUUUGUCUUCAGAAAUACCAGGAUUUUCUGGUCAGAUUAAGCAGAGGUUCACUGAUUUCUUGGUUAAUGAAAUCGAUAAUGAGGGAAAUGUGGUUCAUUUGACUGACAAAGGUUUCAAGAUGCCCAAGAAACAGAAGCCCUCAAAGGAAGAGAAAACCGCUAAGAAUGAUGACGAAGAGAAAAGGAGACAAGACUUCAAGAUAGACGCAGAAAUGAAAAAGGAAUUGCUUGGGUUGCUUUCUGAAGCAGAUUUAGAAAAGAUUGAAAAUGUUUAUUAUAAUGCUCAGAGGAUGGAAACCAGUAAAUCAAUCGAAGAAAAAUCUGAAAGGGCUAAAUUACAUCAACUUUUGCGUACAGCUUUUAACAAUGAAUUGGAAUCUGUUACCACUGAACGUAACACUUUUAAGAUUGCUAGAAGAGGUAAGAAUUCUAGAGUUAGUAGAGAAGAUUGGGUGGAGCAAAACAAAGACGCCAAUGGUGUUGAAAAUUGGGGCUAUGGGCCGACAAAGGACUUCCUUCAUUUCACAUUAUAUAAAGAAAACAAAGAUACUAUGGAUGCGGUGAAUACUCUUACAAAGUUCUUGAGAAUGCCAAGUCGUGUCAUUAGAUUUGCUGGAACAAAAGAUCGCAGAGCAGUGACAUGUCAAAGGUUGUGUGUUUCCCGGGUUGGUGUUGAUAGAAUCAAUGCUCUCAAUAGGACAUUAAGAGGAAUAGUGAUGGGGGGGUUUAAAUUUGAAGACAAAAGCUUGAAUCUUGGUGAUUUAAAAGGCAAUGAAUUUGUGAUCGUGAUCAGAGAUGUAAAAUUGAAUGCAAAUACGCAGGAGUCUUUAAAAUCAAUAUUGGAAAAAGGCACUGCUUCUCUGGCGAAAAAUGGGUUUGUUAACUAUUUUGGCAUGCAAAGAUUUGGGACUUUCAGCAUUUCCACACACACAGUGGGUAAAGAGCUAUUGCUUGAAAACUGGGAGAAAGCUUGCGAGUUGAUUUUGUCUGAUCAGGUAAACGUUUUGCCCAAAUCAAAGGAAGGUAGGAAAGUCUGGGCGAAAACCAAAGAUCCAGCCCUUGCCCUGAAAAGCAUGCCCAGACAGUGUGUUGCUGAGAAUGCAAUUCUUCAUUCCCUAUCAGCUCAGAGAAAGGGAGAAAAUGGUUAUUCAUCUAACGCUUACUAUGCAGCUGUAAUGAAAAUUCCAAGAAACCUCAGAACAAUGUAUGUGCACGCUUAUCAGAGUUUUGUUUGGAACUACGUUACAAGUAAAAGAAUUGAAUUGUUUGGUAUGAAAUUGAUGGAAGGUGACUUAGUGAUCAUUGAAAAUGAUACCGUCGAUAAUAAAAAUGAAGAAGUUGGCGAGGAGGAUGAUUUCGACGAAGAUUUACGUGAUGCAAAGUUUGUCCGUGCCAGACCGCUUACAAAGGAAGACAUAGAUUCAGGGAAAUAUAGCGUUGAUGACGUAGUUUUGCCGACCCCCGGGUUUGACGUUAUAUAUCCAUCAAAUGAAAUUAUCAAGCAAAUAUACAUAGAUAUCAUGGCAAAAGAUGGGAUGGAUCCAUUCAAUAUGAAGAGAAAAGUUCGCGAAUUCUCCCUUGCAGGCUCCUACAGAAAUAUAUUACAAAAACCUCAAGGUCUAGAGUACAAAAUAACUAAAUACACCAGUCCAACCCAACAACUGGUGAACACGGAUUUUGAAAUACUAAACAACAAAGUAGCAAAGGAAAACUGUCAAAAAUUUUUCAAGGACAAAUUGGAGAGGUAUGUACCGGAUAAAGGUGGCGAAAAUACAGCUGUUAUAUUGAAAUUUCAAUUAGGAGUAUCUUCGUAUGCAACAAUGGCACUUCGUGAACUGAUGAAACUCGAAACAUCUCGUCGUGGUGAUAUGUGCGAUGUAAGAGUUCAAAAUAUUCAAAUUAAUGACAAAGUACCUCUGAAAGACGAAUAA